AUGGAAAGAGAGUUAUCAGAGUUAAACAAAUUGAAAGAAAAAUAUUUAAGCGGUUCCAGUUUUAUAGCAUGUGAAAGAAGUUUUGAUAGUAUGAGUUUUGUUGAUAGAAUGAGUUUUAAUGAGGCGAAAAGAGGUUAUCCUGAGCCAAAUGAGGAACAAAAGAAAGAGAUAGAACUAAAUAAUCGGUUAAAAACUAUUCCGCAGGAAAUCAGAAAAAAAGAAAUCAAAAUUGAAGGAUUGAAGAAGAAAAUGGAAGAAAAAACCAUCUGA